AUGUACAGGAAACACAAGAACAGCAUGGGCCCCACCAAGGUGGUGUCGUCGUCUGUGCCGCGCCGGAACAUGGUGGGCUGUCGUAUCCAGCACAUCUGGAAGGAGGGGAGCACUGCGUCUCAGUCGCUGUGGAAAGGCAUGGUGCUGGACCAGGUGCCCGUCAACCCCUCGCUCUACCUCAUCAAGUACGACGGCUUCGACUGUGUCUAUGGCCUGGAGCUACAUAAAGAUGAGAGGGUGCAGGGACUUGAGGUGCUGCCUGACCGUCAAGGUAUGGCCUUGGUCUAUAGUGCAUUCGGACAGUAUUCAGAUCCCUUGACUUUUUCCACAUUUUGUAGCGUUACAGCCUUAUUCUAAAAUUGAUUCAUUUGUUUUUUUCCCUCAUCAAUCUACACACAAUACCCCAUAAUGACAAAGCAAAAACAGGUUUUUAUAAUUUUUUGCUAAUUUGUUCAUCUUUCCCUCGAUCCUGACUAGUCUCCCAGUCCCUGCCGCUGAAAAACAUCCCCACAGCAUGAUGCUGUCACUACCAUGCUUCACCGUAGGGAUGGUGCCAGAUUUCCUCCAGAUUUGGCAUUCAGGCCAAAGAGUUCAAUCUUGGUUUCAUCAGACCAGAGAAUCUUGUUUCUCAUGGUCUGAGAGUCCUUUAGGUGCCUUUUGGCAAACUCCAAGCGGACAGUCGUGCAUUUUACUGAGGAGUGGCUUCCGUCUGGCACCUCUACCAUAAAGGCCUAAUUGGUGGAGUGCUGCAGAGAUGGUUAUCCUUCUGGAAGGUUCUCCAUCUCCACAGAGGAACUCUGGAGCUCUGUCAGAGUGACCAUCGGGUUCUUGGUUCAGCUCUAGGAAGAGUAUUGGUGGUUCCAAACUUCUUCCAUUUAAGAAUGAUGGAGGCCACUGUGUUCUUGGACCUUCAAUGCUGCAGACAUGUUUUGGUACCCUUCUCCAGAUCUGUGCCUCGACACAAUCCUGUCUCGGAACUCUACGGACAAUUCCUUCGACCUCAUGGCUUGGUUUUUGCUCUGACAUGCACUGUCAACUGUGGGACCUUUAUAUAGACAGGUGUGUGCCUUUCCAAAUCAUGUCCAAUCAAUUGAAUUUACUACAGGUGGACUCAAAUCCAGUUGUAGAAACAUCUCAAGGAUGAUCAAUGGAAACAGUAUGCACCUGAGCUCAAUUUCGAGUCUCAUAGCGAAGGGUCUGAAUACUUAUGUAAAUAAGGUAUUUCUGUUCUUAAUUUUUAAUACAUUUGCUAACAUUCCUAAAAACCUUUUUUUGCUUUGUCAUUAUGGAGAAUUGUGUGUAAAUUGAUGAGGGAAAAAUAUAUUUUAAUCCAUUUUAGAAUAAGGCUGUAACGUAACAAAAUGUGGAAAAAGUCAAGGGGCGUUAACAUUGUUAUCUCAACAUAUUGAUUUACUGACAAGUGAUCACACAAUGCAAAUAAACCACUACCACAGACAAGCUUCUUUUUGUGCUGUAAUGGUAUUCUAUGGUCAUAGGUAAAAGUCUGUAAGCCGUGCUAGAAAUAUGAAUUGUAAUUGAAGUGAUCGUUGACAUCACUUACCAACCAUAUACUCUCCCUGUCCCAUGUUUUUGUUGACCUGUCACAGCCUCCUCGCGCGCCAGCGACGUCAACCUGGCCGACACAAUGAUAGGGAAGGCUGUGGAGCACAUGUUUGAGACGGAGGACGGGACUAAAGAUGAAUGGAGGGGCAUGGUCCUGGCCCGAGCCCCCAUCAUGAACACCUGGUUCUUCAUCACCUACGAGAAAGACCCCGUUCUGUACAUGUACCAGCUCCUAGACGACUACAAGGAAGGAGACCUGAGGAUCAUGCCUGACUCCAGUGAGUACGGUAACACUUUGGUUAAAGCCGACAGCAUGUAUGAGACUCUCUGUCUUAUUACAAGGCUUAUAAUAUGUUAUGCAGGUAUGGUAAUACUAAAAGCUGAGAGGUAAACAGAUCUCUCCAGCCAACUAUAG